GAGCUAUUGUGUUUUGUUUUACGUUGCGUUCUAAAUAACUAUACAAAAUGGAUAAGCCACAAAUAAUUGAAAUUGAUGAAGACAUAGCAGAUAAAUCAUCCGAUGUUGACAUGGCUGAAAAUGCAGGAAAAAUAAAAACAAACACCGCAGCUGCAGCAGAGUUAAAAGGUGAUGAACAGAAAACUAAACAAUCUACACAAAACAAAUCCAAAGCCAAAAAGGUGCUUAAGCCGGAGGCAAGUAUUCCACGCGGCCAACCAAAAUCAAAUCGGCCAUGGAAGACGCCCAAACAAAAAUUCAGUAAAAUCAAGAAGACAAUAAACCGGCUGACGUUUGAAAAGAAAAUGGAGCUGCGGAAUGAAAUGCGUUACAUUAAGGAGAAGUCCAAGGAGAUAAAGGAGCAGCGCAAGGAAGCCGCCGUCCAGCGUCACCAGCGUCGCGUGGAGAACGCCGAACGUCGCUUGGCCAAUGAGCGUCGCUCCGAAGUUGUGCAAGUGAUCAAGAAUCCGGCCAAACUGAAGCGCAUGAAAAAGAAGCAGAUGCGCAUGAUCGAGAAACGUGAUUUGAGCCAAGUUAAAGUUGUAUAAGUUGGCUAUUUACUCUAGUUUACACUUACUUUUUUUUGCCCCUCUAAAUAAAUCUAGUUUUGUAAUGUGA